UUUGUGAAUCAGGACCAUCAGUUAUUCUCUGGGGCCCGUUGGGUAAAUAGUGACCUCUGGAGCAUGGCACUGAAUAAUCCCAACCCACUGGGACCAUGGAAGAUCACUAUCUACGACCAGGAGAACUUCCAGGGCAAGUGGCAUGAGUUCACCUCCGCCUGCCAGAACGUUGUGGACAGCGGCGUGCAGAAUGUCCGCUCUUUGAAGGUGGAUUGUGGAGCCUGGACAGGAUACGAGCACUCCAAUUUCUGUGGACAGCAGUUUGUGCUGGAGAGAGGAGAGUAUCCUCAGUGGGAGUCGUGGAGUGGCAGCAACGCCUACCACGUGGAGAGGAUGAUGUCCUUCCGCCCCAUCUGCUCGGCAAACCACAACGAUUCCAAAAUGGUGCUGUUUGAGAAGGAGAACUUCACAGGACGGCAGUGGGAAGUGACCGAUGACUACCCGUCUCUGCAAGCCAUGGGCUGGGGGAACAAUGAGAUUGGAUCCAUGCAGAUUCAGAGUGGCGCCUGGGUGUGCUAUCAGUUUCCUGGUUACCGUGGCUACCAGUAUGUAAUGGAGAGUGACCAUCAUGGCGGGGAGUACAAACAUUACAGAGAGUGGGGUUCCCAUGCCCAGUCCUUCCAGGUGCAAUCGCUGCGCAGAGUUCAGCACUGAGAGCAGACCAUCUUUCUCCAUCGGUUUAUUGGUCUUACAUUCCUUCUUUGUGUUGGUCUCCAAAUCAUUCCGGCACCUGGUGGUGCUUGAGCCAUGCUCUGCACGGCUCUUCAAAAAAAUGAUGCAAACUUGUGAAAUGAUCAGGAGGAAGUGGUGACAGUGGGAGAGUGUGAAUGUGUUGCACUUGCUACAGGCUCACAUGGUGUGAAGGAUAUAUGCAAGCAAGAGCUGAUGACUUCAAUAAAAUGCAACACAGGAGUGAAAAAAAACCUUGGUUGUGUUUGUGUAAAUGAUGCAGAAUUAGUUAGCGAUGGAAAGCAUGAG